AUGGUAUUCUAUCCAAAUAAUUCAUUUAUGAUAAGUCGUAUGGAUUUUGAACAAAUGGUCAAUACACAACGUAUUGAUAUUGUUUAUUUACAAGUGAUCAUUGCGUUCAUAAUGCUUGAAUGUCUUUGGGCUCAAAUAAUUAUGAAUGUAUUUGAAUAUCGAUGGCCAUUUAUGGAUUUUAUGGUAGAUAAAUUAAAUUUUGAUGAAGAAAAAGUAUUCGAACCAAAAAAUCGUAAAUAUCUUUGUAAAAUGUAUAUAAUUACGGACACUAUUGCAAGAUUUAUCUACAUAUUUGUAUCGAUAGAAUUAUUAUUAGUUUGUUUAAUUGCUUUAAUGUUUUUCAUAUGGAUGAUGCAUGCUAUUCAAAUGUUGGGCCAAUUAUUUAUAGCACUGAAUUUUUUCGUAUUUUUAAUCGAAUAUAUAAAAGUUCGUAUCGAACAAUUGUAUAAAAAAUUUAUUCAAAAAAAUAUAUUCAAACAGAAUGAAUGGAAACGGUUUCAUUAUGAAUAUGUUUUUUUAUAUACAGAAACAGCACACACAAAUCGUGCUGCUCGUAUUGUUUUAUUCUAUUUAGAAGCUAUUUCAAAACCUUCAAUUAUUUCAAAUUGUAUAUUCUAUACAAAACAAUCAUCAUGGAGUAUAUUUACAACAUCUGUAAUAAUAUCAUUGAUGUCAACAUUCUGUUUAAUUAAUAUACUUUAUUCACGUAUUUCUCAUCUACCAUCAUGUAAUCAAAAAUGUGCUCGUUCAAUAUUACGACGUAUAGCUCGAACACAACGACGACUAAAUAAUAUUAAAUUAAAACAUUCAAAAAAUCAACAUAACAAUCGAUAUUGGAUAAAAUUAACAUUAUUUGUUCAAACAAUGAUAAAUAAUCAUUUUGGUUUUACCUGUGGUCAGGUGUUUUUUAUCACUAAAUUUCGUUAUAUUCAAAUUUUCAUUAUGAAUUUCAUAUUGAUUUUGAAGUUUUAUAAAAAAAUUAACAGAUAA